AUGGCAACGACUGGGCUCUUAGAGAAUGAUAUAUCGUUCGUAAGGGCUCCUCCCAUUGCGUUACAUGCUAGAAAUGUUACCAUCUCUGCAUCCAAGACUAACAAAGUUCUGGUGAACUCCUUCUCUGUGGAUUUACCAAGUGGAUCUGUUAUGGCCGUCAUGGGGGGUUCGGGGUCUGGUAAGACGACUCUACUUAAUGUGCUGGCAUCCAAGGUUAGCAAAGGUCUUCAACUUGAUGGUGAAAUUCAUUAUGCUCUUGAGGAUAAUAGUGAGCAUUUUAACGCUGACACUGAAGCAUCUAUGGCAUAUCUGCCGCAGCACGACGUUUUACCUGCAAGACUUACAUGUAGAGAGACAUUGAUGAUAGCUGCCGAUUUAAAAUUGAAAAGUUCUUUGGAAAAGAAAAAUGAAAUUGUGGAUCAAUUGCUACUAGAGCUUGGACUUAGAGAUUGUGCAAACACUCUGGUCGGUGAUGCAAGAAACCGUGGUCUUUCCGGUGGUGAGAAAAGAAGGUUGAGUGUUGCAACGCAACUGGUUUCUAACCCAUCCUUUAUGUUUUUAGAUGAACCUACGACGGGACUAGAUGCAUAUUCUGCCUUUCUGUUGGUGAAAUCUUUGAAAAAAUUGGCUAGAGAUGGUCAAAAGAGUUUUAUCAUGUCCGUUCAUCAACCAAGAUCAGAUAUUAUGUUCUUAUUGGAUUCUGUUUGUAUUCUAUCCAAAGGGAAUGUGGUUUACUGUGGAAAGACAACUGAAAUGAUACCGUAUUUCGAUUCACUAGGCUAUUCAGUGCCUCAUUUGGUUAAUCCUGCAGAUUAUUUCGUGGAUCUGUCCAGUGUAGAUGCAAGAACAGAGUACUCCAAAAAAAAGAGCCAAGAACUCGUAGAUCAAUUGGUACAGCAAUGGGAUGAUCACCAAUCUCAAAUGAUGAGAUUGGUAACAUUUGAUACCUCCAGAGGAAUACACCCGAGGAAUAUGGCUGCAAGAGUCUCUUUUUGGAAGCAAGUAGAAGUAUUGACCAGAAGGAACAUUAAGCUAAACUCUUCUGAUCAUUUCACUUUAGUGGCAACUUUUACAGAACCUGCUCUAGUUGGUGCGAUCAUGGGGUGGAUCUUUUAUAAACCGAAUCCCAAUACACAAGAAGGCCUAAGAACUUUGACUUCAUCGCUUUACGCAACUGCGGUUUUGCAAUGUUACUUGUAUUUGCUCUUUGACACUUAUAGAUUAACAGAACAAGAUAUCAUUCUUUAUGAUCGGGAGAGAGCUGAAGGGAUUGUGAGUCCAGCUUCUUUCAUGCUUGCUAGGAAGUUAUUACUCUUCUGGACCGACGACAUCAUGAUGAUUCUUAUCUUUGUCACUAUUAGUUAUUUCAUGAUUGGACUCGAAGUUAGUGCUAAGAAGUUCUUCCUUCAUUUUUCAGUAGUAUUCCUAAUUCAACUGUCCUGCUCUGGAUUGGCGCUGUUUUCUGUGGCCAUUUCAAGAGAUUUUGCUAAGGCUUCUCUGGUGGGUAAUAUGAGUUUUACAUUGUUGUCACUUGCAUGUGGGUUCUUCGUUAAUGCUAAAUCAAUGCCCGUUUAUGUGCGCUGGACUAAAUACAUUGCAUUUACUUGGUAUGGAUUUGGAGCUUUAGUUUCUAAUACCUACACUGAUAAGUUGUGCCAUUCCUCUAAUAAGGAUCAGUGUGAGGGCAAUGCAUUGAUCCACUCGCUUGGGUUUUGGCCUCACUGGAGAAGCUUGCCCUUCUCAAUCUUAUUCUGCUUUGCAUUAGGUAAUUUUGGGGCUGCAUUGAUUAUGUUCUACAUCAAGAAGGUAGAUAUUGCCCUACAGAAUGAAGUCAAGCCGAGUAAAACUGAAGAUAAUGAUGGUUUGGAGGGAGAUCGUGAAAGUUCACUGGAUGAUACACUACAAGAAAUUGGAGUAGAGAAAGUAGAAGAUUUGGAAUCGAAGCUGUCUGAUUUUGUCCCCAUAACAGUGACAUUAAAAAACAUUAAUUUAGAAGUGAUGGCAUCGCAGCUUUCUAAGUCUCCUAGGCAUGGAUGGCUCCAGAAGAAGACUAAGCAAAUUCUCCAAGAUGUAAAUGCUGUCUUUAAGCCAGGAAUGAUUAACGCUAUUAUGGGCCCAUCUGGUUCAGGUAAAUCUUCGCUUUUAAAUUUGAUAUCAGGUAGAUCAAAUUCAUCUCUUCUCGUCAAGUUUCAUUCGACGGGAUCAAUACUCCUGAAUACUAAUAGUAUUUCCAAAGAGAUGUUUAAAAGCGUCUGUUCCUACGUGUCACAGGAUGAUGAUCAUCUAUUGGCAUCACUUACUGUCAGAGAGACGUUUGAAUUUGCGGCUGCCUUGAGGUUACAUUACAUGACGUCUCAACAACGGCGUAGCAAGAUUGAUGAAAUACUGCUUGCAUUGGGUUUGACCCACUGUGAGAAUACUGUCAUAGGCAAUGAAUUCGUUAAAGGGAUUAGUGGGGGUGAAAAGAGAAGAGUGACAAUUGGAGUGCAGCUUUUGAAUAAUUCUCCUAUUCUGCUUCUCGAUGAACCCACUUCAGGUUUGGAUAGCUUCACCUCAGCGGCAAUUUUGGAGAUCUUAGAAAACCUUUGCACGGAAGACGGUAAGACAGUUAUAAUAACGAUCCACCAGCCAAGAUCGGAGUUGUUUCAAAAAUUUGGUCAUGUCUUACUAUUGGCUAGAUCUGGGAGAGCUGCUUUCAAUGGCUCCCCCAAUGAAAUGAUCAAUUACUUUGCCAACAUAGGGCACGUAUGUCCCCCAUACACAAAUGUUGCUGAUUAUUUCCUCGAUCUUAUAUCUGUCAAUACUCAAAACGAGCAAAAUGAAAUGAUUUCAAGGCAAAGAGUGGAGAGUCUAUUGGACAAUUGGAGGCUAAAAGGCAAUGAUAUAAUGGAAGACCCAGUAUUGAAUUGGAAUGAGAUGUCCAAGGGACAGUUUCUAGGAGAAUAUGAUGAUUUUAUUAAGAAACCGUGUAAUGCUGUGUUGGCAUAUUUUGUCAAUUUAAGAAGACAAUACACUACGACAAGAAGAAAUAUCGAUUCCUUGAUGGCCAGAGUCGCUCAAGUACCGGGGUCAGGCAUAAUUUUUGCCCUCUAUUGGGCGCCCAUAAAACACAAUUUCAAAAGUGUUGGUAACAGACUUGGCCUGGCACAACAAUCAACGGCAUUGUAUUUCAUUGGGAUGUUAGCUAAUCUGGCAUGCUACCCAGCGGAAAGGGAUUAUUUUUACGAGGAGUAUAAUGACAACGUUCAUGGAAUCGCGCCAUUCUUCUUAGCAUACAUGACAUUGGAACUACCACUCACAGCUUUUUCGUCAUCCAUAUAUGCAGUUUUCACGGUUCUAGUAUGUGGGUUACCUCGAACCGCAGGUAAUUUCUUUGCAACGAUGUACUGUGCCUUUGUUAUUAUAGCAUGUGGUGAAGCUCUAGGAAUUAUGACCAAUACAUUUUUCCGUAGACCAGGAUUCGUGGUCAAUUGCAUUUCAGUGAUUCUCUCCAUUGGAACCCAAUUAUCUGGUUUGAUGUCACUGCACAUGUCCAGGGUGUUAAAAGGUAUCAAUUACCUAAACCCAUUAAACUACACUUCCAUGAUCCUCAUCAACUAUUCUUUUCCCAGUGACAUGAAAUUAACCUGCGAAGACGGUGGGCGUAAACCGGAUGGAUCUUGUCAAUUUUCCAAUGGGCAUGAUGUGCUUCGAGAGUACGGACUCGUUAAGAAUACCCAGAAAUACUUGGGAAUCAUUAUCUGUGUAAUGAUAAUCUACAGACUUUUGUCAUAUUGGGUUCUCAAGGCCAAAUUAGAAUGGAUCAAAUGGUGA